AUGCACGCUUGUGUGGCGUGCAGCAAGUCGAAGCGAAGAUGCAGUAAGCAGCUGCCUGCCUGUCGCCGAUGUCACGGAAAGGGGCUCCGCUGCGAAUAUCCCCUGGUCCGCAUUGUAGCAGCCUCUGAUGCGUCCGCCUCCAGUGGGAAUCCGCACACAGACACGCCGUCAUCAACAAGCAGCCUCUCACAAGAGCAUUCACCUCUGUCGAUACAGCCCCAAAGUCUGGGAACUCCUGAUCCGCCCGUGAACCUUUGGUUCCUUGCCCCAUCGUCUUGGGACAUUCAGCGAGAGCAUGGAGAUCUCUCAGUGUCUAUUACUUACCCCGACUCUGGUCUGAGGUACUUUAUCGACAGAUUGAGAGCAUGGGUGAGCCAAUGGACGCUGGGACAGCAUUCCAACUUUAUCCACUCCCAACUCUAUGGCAGCGACAUGCCGGAGAGCCUUCAGCAUGCAUAUGCCGCCUUCCAGGCUUAUCAACACUCAACCAACUCCAAUAAACAUAUCGCUCUCCAAAUCAUGAGAAGCUACACGAGGCUGAUUAUCCAGGACCAAACCCUAUGCGAAGGAUUCAGCGGCGGGACAUGCGACAUCCGGAGCCAUCUGAGCCGAACGCAAGCUCUCUUAAUCUUUCAGCUUAUCCGGCUCUUCGACGGUGACAUCAGAUCCCGGGCCGAGGCUGAGUCAACCACAGCGACUCUGAUGCAGUGGGUUAACAGUCUCAUGGAAAAGACCAAGGCCGAUUUGGAGGCUGGGACUCGUCGGAGAAUGGACCAACUGCAUCCAUUCUCAACCACGAGCGAGCUUCAUUGCGACGGUACACCCGCCUCUCUGUGGCGGGUAUGGAUCUUCUCCGAGUCAAUUCGCCGGACUUGGAUCAUCGCAGGACUGAUGGAGGCGGCCUUUUCAAUUCUGAAACAGGGACAUUCGCCUUGUCCGGGAAGCAUAUCUUUCACCGGAACCAAGGGCCUGUGGGAUGCAGCCUCACCCAAGGCAUGGAUGGGGAUGCAGGAAGCGAAGCAGAUGAGGUUUCGGCUCAGUUGUGCCGACAUUGUGCACCUAAUGGAAGAUGGUAAUCCGUCUGAUUUCGACGAGUUUAGUCGUUUGUUGCUUGUUUAUGGGCAAGGGCUGGAGAAGUGCUCGGAAUGGUGUUCAACAGAUUAG